AUGAGCAAAACCACCCCCUUCUCCAUUAGUGUGCCAGACGCACAACUUGAUCAACUACGUCACAAGCUCGAUCAAACUACCUUUCCCGAUGAAAUUGACGCGGUGGGCUGGGAUAUGGGUGUCCCACUCGAAGAAAUUCAGAGACUGAUUACCGUUUGGCGGGAUACUUUUGACUGGCGGGCGCAGGAAAGGAAGCUUAAUGAGCAGCUGCAGCAGUUCACAGUGACCAUCUCCGUUGAUGGAUUCGGGGAAUUGGAGAUUCACACUUUACACCACCGAAGUGGGAAUCCAAAUGCGAUUCCUUUAUUAUUCAUACAUGGGUGGCCCGGUAGCUUUCUAGAAGCAACAAAGUUGAUCCCAUUGCUCACAAAAAAUGGCGAAGGACCGGUCUUCGAUAUCGUUGCCCCCUCGCUGCCAAACUUUGGAUUCUCCCAAGGCGUGAAUCAGAAAGGAUUUGGAUUGGCCCAAUACGCCGAGGCUCUUCACAAGAUCAUGGUGGCACUAGAUUACGAGGAAUAUGUGAUCCAAGGAGGCGACUGGGGCAGCAUGAUCGCCCGUACUAUGGCUCAAUACUACGCCCGACACAUUCAAGCCAUCCAUCUAAAUUUCGUCCCCGUUAAGCCUCCAUUCCCUUGGAAGAAUCCAGUCCGUUUCCUGCAGUCUCUUGCGAGUGUGCCCUUCUCUGCAAAAGACCGUGCAUGGAUUGCUCGUUCGAUGGACUAUCUCCUUCGCGGCAACGCAUACAUGAAACAACAAGAAACUCGACCACAGACCCUGGGGUAUGGGUUGAGCGAUAGUCCAAUUGGACUGCUGGCUUGGAUCUACGAUAAGAUGAAUCUGUGGUCUGACAAUUACUCUUGGACCGAUGAGGAGAUCUUGACCUGGGUAAGCGUGUACUAUUUCUCGCGGGCCGGUCCUACAGCCUCGACGCGUAUCUAUUAUGAGGCUUCGGCGCCAAAGAUUGAUCCCUCGAAUGGAGGAGGGGCUGCUGUUAACUAUACAUCGCUUGACGAUAUCAUGACUGCCUGUGCACCGUCCAAUGUGCGAUUCGCGGUCGCUCAAUUUCCCAAAGAGCUCAUCAUGUGGCCGAUGGCCUGGUACCAUAUCAUUGGCAAUGUGGUGAAGGAGAAGGAGUUUGAUCGUGGUGGUCACUUUGCUGCCUGGGAGGUUCCUGAGUUACUUGCAGGUGAUGUGAAGGAAUUCAUGGGAAAAGAAGGAUCGGCCUAUGGCGCGGUUCAGGGCAAGGAAGGUUAUUAG